CCAACCACUUUAAAACCGAAUAUCCCAUUUUUAUUCCUUCCAAACGCUUCCCAUUUUUCCACCCCUAUAAAUUCGUCCCACCUAUUCAGUUUCUCCCGAACUCCCCUGCUCAUACUUUUCGAUAGCAAGUUAAUCGCUCUUCCGUUUCGAGUUCGAUUAACUGUUUAAUCAAUAAUGGCUGGUUUUGUUAGAACCAGAUCGAAGAGGGUCACUUACCCGCUCGACGAUCGGGUGAAAGCGCGACUAGUCGGCGGAUACAGCUCCGGAUUCAGUGAUGUCAGCAGCGGAAGCGAGCACUCCGGCGACUACAACUCCCCCUGCCUCUCCGAGCUCGUCCACCGCUUCCUCCAAGACGACGAGUCGUCCACCGCUGGUUUUCCCGACAACGAGUCCGACUCGGACCGAGUCGACUCGGCCUCCGACGCGGACGCGAUCGACUCCGUCCUUAGGUCCGUGGCCGUUUCCGGAAAUGCGGACUCGUACCUGAAGCUGCUCCGUUCUCACGUCUCCCAGGCGGAGGAGGCGUUCGCGUGUUUGAGAUCCAACGGCGGCGGCAGCAGCAAGUCGGCUCUGCGGCGGAGCGUGAUGUCGUUUCUGAGGGGAUUGGGACACAAUGCGGCGAUCUGCAAGACGAAAUGGACCUCCUCCGGCUACAUCACCUCCGGGAGCUACGAGUUCAUCGACGUCGUUCCUGUCCAAUCGGGCUCCUCCAUGUGGCAGAGCCGGUACUUCGUGGACCUCGACUUCGCCGCCCAGUUCGAAAUCGCUCGGCCGUCGAGCCAGUACUCGCGGCUGCUGCAACUUCUGCCCAGAAACUUCGUUGGCAGCUCGGAGGACCUGAAGCGUAUCGUUCGGGUCACGUGCGACGCGGCAAAGAGAUCGUUGAAGAGCACAGAUCUCUCCGUGCCUCCGUGGCGGAAGAACCGUUAUGUGCAGAACAAGUGGUUCGGUCCGUACAAACGGACCGUCAAUCCAUUGACGGAGAGAACCUUCUCGACAGACUCGGCCAUUUUUGCUCCAGUGUCUGGCGCCAAAUGCCGCUGUGUUGGGUUUGACGACGCGGUUUCCGACUCCACCGUGAACGGCCGGCUCUAUGUGCGUACUUAAUUUGACGAUUUUGGAAUAAUUAGAUCAAAUCAUCGGGUUAAUAAAUUAAAUUAUAUAUAAUGAGAUUUUAUUUUACUUUUGUUUUGCAUUGUAAAACGCGGCAAAUGCACAAACUGUACUUGACGCCGCAUCUUGGAUGUACAACCAACUUCGUAAAUUCGAACAAAUCUAGACGGUUGGUUUCCAUGUUUAUAAUUUGUCGUUAAAUCCAACGGUUGUGGGAUGAGGACGCACUGUAAGUAGUGGAGGUUUGAGGGGGUGAUUAUUUUGACUGGAAUUUUAUCCAGAAAGGAUAAUUGAUGUGAUGAGGAUGGCAGGUGGCACAAGUCGUUUUCGCGAGAGGUGAUGGUGGUGACGGCCUGCGGGUGAGGAUAACAUUUGGAGAUUGUUGGGACAGUUGGCCUGAAAUGCAAUUGCCAGCGUGGAGUGGUGCAGCAAAUUUACGUGAAUUACGAGUGACGAUUAAAAAUUUGAAGGGAGACAACAAAAUCAACUUAUAAAAAGGAAUGAAUUAACUUCUAUUUUGAUGUUUUUAUUUAAUUAUGCCUGUUGUAUAAAUUAAUAAUGUAUUAUGCAGAGAAAAAGUUGAGUAUUAUAAUUAAUUUA